AAAAAAUAGCAUAAGGAAUAUUAUGCUAGUGCUUAUACCAGCCAUUAGUUCUGAUUACUGGGGAGCUUUUGAGGAGCAAAAUGGCAGUGAUGAUUGGAAUCGCUUUCAGAGUUUCUUGGCUUUGUUGCCUGCUAAUUGGCGGGAUAACCUGUUCUACAUCAAGUGAUGGGUAUCCUGCACCAGGUUCUGAUGCAGCAAGGCUCUAUACAGGCCCACUUAGGUCAAAAGGAUAUGGUAAUUACAACUCUCCUACAGCUCAAUUGCAAGCGCAGCUGACCGAAGAGCAACAGAAAAAUCUGGAAGCCAUCCUGCAAAAUCAACUGGCCCCCAUGCCCCAGGCACCUCAGAAAAUGUGGUAUCCAACGCAAAUGCCCCAGCAGGAAAAGCAACCGGCCGCCAUGACCCAACAGCAGACGCUACCGGCCAGUUAUCCUAAGCAGCCUCAAGCAGUGUUGUAUCCAGCUCAAAUGCCCCAGAAGCAACCAGUUACUGAACUUCAGAAUCAGAAGGAACUGGCCUUCAUACCCCAGCUACCUCAGCAAGUGUGGUAUCAAGUUCAAAUUCCUCAGCAGCAAAAGCAACCAGCUACUAGUCCUCAGCAGCAGACGGAACUGACCACCCUGCCCCAGAAGCAACCGGUUCCAAUGCCCAUACCGCAUAAACAACCAACCGCUAUAACCCAGAAAGCAUGUAAUCAAGCUCAAAUGCAGCAAAAGCAACCGGCCACCAUGCACCAGCAAGUGUGGCAUCCAGCUAAGCCCCAGAAGCAAAAGCAACUGGCUACUGAACCUCAGCAGCAGAAGGAACCGGCCUCCACAACCCAGCAACCUCGGCAAGUGUUGCAUCCAGCUCAAAUGCCCCAGAACCAACCAACCGCUGAACCUCAGUGGCAUCCAGCCAAAUUUCCCCAGGAGCAACCAGUGCGUCAACUGCAGAAGGAACUGACCGCCAUUCCACCACAACUGUGGCAAUACGCUCAAAUUCCCCAGCAGCAUAAGCAAUCGGCUGCCAAGCUUCAGCAAGUGUGGCAUCCAGCUAAGCCCCAGAAGCAAAAGCAACUGGCUACUGAACCUCCGCAGCAGAAGGAACCGGCCUCCAUAACCCAGCAACCUCAGCAAGUGUGGUAUCCAGCUAAGCCCCAGAAGCAACUGGCCGCUGAUCCUCAGGAGCAGAUUGAACUGACCGCCAUGCCCCAGCAACCUCAGCAAGUGUGGUAUCCAGCUAAAAUGGUCCAGAAGAAACAAGCAGCUGCAACUCUGCGGCAGAAGGAACUGACCACCAUGCCUCAAGAUUGGCAUCCAGCUCAAUUUCUCCAGCAGCAGAGGCAACCAGCCCUAAUACUUUUACCGCAGAAGGAACUGAACGCCAUACACCAGCAGCCUCAGCAAAUGUGGUAUCCAGCUCAAAUGCCCCAGAAGCGACCAACCGCUGAACCUCAGUGGCAUCCAGCCAAAUUUCCCCAGGAGCAACCAGUCCCUAUGCGUCAACUGCAGAAGGAACUGACCGCCAUUCCACCCCAACUGUGGCAACCCGCUCAAAUUCCCCAGCAGCAUAAGCAACCGGCUGCCAAGCUUCAGCAAGUGUGGCAACAGGCCCCCAUUCCCCAGCAGCCUCACGAUGUUUGGUAUCCAGCUAAAAUGGUCCAGAAGCAACAAGCAGCUGCAACUCGGCGGCAGAAGGAACUGACCGCCAUGCCCCCGCAACAAGCAUGGUAUCCAGCUCAAAAGCCCCAGCUGCAGAAGCAACCGGCCGCUGAACCUAAGCAGCAAAUUGAACCGACCGCCAUUCCCCAGCUACCUCAGCAAGUGUGGCAUCCAAUGCACAUUCCCCAGCAGCAACAGGAACUGGCCACCAUACCCCAGCAAGUGAGGUAUCCAGCUCAAAUGCCCCAGAAGCAUCUGGCCUCCAUGCCUCUACCACAGAAGCAACCGACCGCCAUGCCCCAGCAAGUAUGGCAUCCAGCUCAAAUGCCCCAGCAGCAGAAACAACUGGCCACCAUGCUGCAGAAGCAACCAGCCCCAAUGCUUCAACCGCAGAAGCAACAGGCCACCAUGCCCCCGCAAGUAUGGCAUCCAGCUCAAAUGCCUCGGCAGCAAAAGCAACCAGCUACUGAACCUCAGCAGCAAAUUGAACCGACCGCCAUUUCCCAGCCACCUCAGCAAUUGUGGCAUCCAGAUCAAUUUCUCCAGGAGCAGAAGCAACCAUUCACUAUGCAUCUACCGCAGAAGGAACUGACCGCCAAUCCACCACAACUGUGGCAAGCCGCUCAACUGCCCCAGCAGCAUAAGGAACCCGCUGCCAUGCUUCAGCAAGUGUGGCAUCGGGCACAGAAGCAACCGCCCCCUAUACCCCAGCAGCCUCGUGACGUGUGGUAUCCAGCUAAAAUGGUCCAGAAGCAAGUCGCUGCGGUGACCGCCAUGCCGCAUACGCAUCAGCAAGUAUGGCAUCCAGCUGAAUUUCCCCAGCAGCAGAAGCAACCGGCCUCCAUGCCUCUACCGCAGAAGCAACUGACCGACGUGCCUCAGAAAGAGUGGCAACCAGCUCAAAUACCGCAGAAGCAACCGGCUGCUGAACCGCAGCAUAACGAACCGGCCACCAUACCCCAGCAAGUGGGGUAUCCAGCUCAAAUGUCCCAGCAGCGGAAGCAACACACUGCCAUGCCACAGCACCAACUGACCCCCAUGCCUCAGCAAUUAUGGCAUGUAGCACAAAUGCCCCAGAAGCAACUGGCCCCAAUGUCUCAGCAGAAUCACUACGAAAGCACUGAAGAUGGUGCCUCUAGUAGCACUCAGGCCAGCAUCGUUGAACAGUCGGAUGUCAUCCCAAUCUAUUCCUACAGUUCCAAAUCGCACUACGAGAAUGGCAGGACUGUAUUCUCCCUAACCCGCUACACUCCUAGGGAGGCUAUGCCUGUUGACAGUGGAAAUGCUCCCAAGGACAGUUUUGUUCGUACUGGUGCACCAAGCGUAUAUCCAUCACUAGUGAAGGAUUCUGCAAGGUAA